GUGGGUGGAACUGUGUUUUGGCUUCUGUGCCAACUAAGAACUGGGUUAGGUAAAGGCCUAGGCUUCUCCACAUUCCUCUCCCUCUUGGGUCCUUCGUGCAGAUGCCACAGCACCCAGUGGGCCCCUCGGAGACGAGCAUCCAAGACUGAAGAAAGUCAGCGAGCUGCAACACAGGCGUCCCGUUCGGAAGUGUCCAAGGAGACCGCCCCAAGUGCGCCAGCCGCGUCUGGGAGACUUUCCUUCUGGCCGAGAGGGGGAGCCCCGCGUUCCCGGCCGGGAGCGACCCGGAGUCCCGAGCCUCGAGCCCCAGCCGCCAGCCCGCGCCAGUAACGGCCUCAGCCGCUUAGGAAGAGGAGGGAGGGGGCCGCGAGCGCGUCGAGGGAGGGGACGGGAGCCGGAGGGUCCCGAGGCCAGCUCGCCGUUGACGUAGAGAAACUUUCCCUCUCGGCCACGGAGACGGCGCCCCGGCUGUGCCUGAGCGGAGAUCGCCCGGCCCCGAGGACGCCCGCGGCUCUCCACGCCCCUGCCCGGAGCCUGACCCGACUGUAUCCGUCAGGAAGUUAUGUGUGAUUCCAUCUGGUAUACACAAGAGAAAAGAAACCAAAGGAGAAUUUGAAUGGCAGCUGUAUAAUUGAAAGUCAAGUGUCUGCAUAUUCUUUCAACUGUAUUUGAACAUACCUACCCAGCUGUUUCCAGUUUAUUCAUUGCUCCUGAGGAUGAAAAAGUCAUGUUCUACCAGCUGAGGGAUAUAAAGUUGAAUUGAACAUCAAUUUGGUUGAUCCUCAUCAUGAACCGUGCUUUUAGUAGAAAGAAAGACAAAACAUGGAUGCAUACUCCUGAGGCUUUAUCAAAACAUUACAUUCCCUAUAAUGCAAAGUUUCUUGGCAGCACAGAAGUAGAGCAGCCCAAAGGAACAGAAGUUGUGAGAGACGCUGUAAGAAAACUAAAGUUUGCAAGACAUAUCAAGAAAUCUGAAGGCCAGAAAAUUCCCAAAGUUGAGUUGCAAAUCUCAAUUUAUGGAGUAAAAAUUCUAGAACCCAAAACAAAGGAAGUUCAACACAAUUGCCAGCUUCACAGAAUAUCAUUUUGUGCAGAUGAUAAAACUGACAAGAGGAUAUUCACUUUCAUAUGCAAAGAUUCCGAGUCAAAUAAACAUUUGUGCUAUGUAUUUGACAGCGAAAAGUGUGCUGAAGAGAUAACAUUAACAAUCGGCCAAGCAUUUGACCUGGCGUACAGGAAAUUUCUAGAAUCUGGAGGAAAAGAUGUUGAAACAAGAAAACAGAUUGCAGGGUUACAGAAAAGAAUUCAAGACUUAGAAACAGAAAAUACGGAACUUAAAAACAAAGUACAAGAUUUGGAAAACCAGUUAAGAAUAACCCAAAUAUCAACACCUCCACUGCUGCACAAAAUGUCUGAUCAUGAGCCACACGGGUUUCAGAGAUGCUCGCCCUCUUUCUGGCAUAGUACUGAUGAUUCAUCUCCCUGUCUAAAUAUUUCUUCCAUUAUUGUCACUCCUGUCAACUCUCCUGAUUCCAGACUAUCGUUGGGACUGUUAAUACCACCGCCUUCUAAACGGGGCCUUCCCAAGCCACACAGUGACAACAGCAUCCCAAGACCUCAUGCAGGCAGUGUGACAGCUAAGUCACCCUCUACUGACAUCUUUGAUAUGAUUCCAUUUUCUCCAGUAUCACACCAGUCUUCAGUACCUACUCACAAUGGCAUGCAGCCGCCUCCAGUACCUAGUCGAUCUAACGAGAUUAAACGGGACCUGUUUGGAGCAGAACCUUUUGACCCAUUUAACUGUGGAGCAGGAGAUUUCCCGCCAGACAUUCAAUCAAAACUAGAUGAGAUGCAGGAGGGGUUCAAAAUGGGACUAACUCUUGAAGGCACAGUAUUUUGUCUCGACCCUUUAGACAGCAGGUGCUGAUGUAAAGAACAAGAGGUCCUGAAUCUGUUAAAAUUGUUUGGUAUACGUAUAUAUAUAUAUAUAUAUAUAUAUAUAUAUAUAUAUAUAUCAGUCAUUAUUACUUAUGUCAGGUAUUAUAAAUGUGCCAAUAUAUUUUUGAGUCUCUUAACUUUUUGAGAAUUAUUUCAGUAAAAUUUCCUGAUGUAUUCACUGUUGAUCUGUAACAUUUUGCUUUAAAAAUUCACUGUAAAUUAAAUCAUACUUUUAUGUUCCUUUCAGUUUGUUUGUAGAAUUUAUAAUUGAAAGACAGAUUACCCAAAUAUCUGCCUUAAUAUGCUCAUUCUCUAGGCUGCUAGUUUAUUAUUAAUUUCUCAAAAGUCAUACCUAAAAGAUACCUUUCAGAAUCCUAAGAGAUAUACCAAUGCCAAACUAAAUAUGUUCUAUAUUCAAACCAAUAAACAUGUUACCAUUCAUUAGACAGAUAUCAUUUUAUGUAUGAAAUGUUGUUCAUAUUAUUGGGAAAAUGUGAACAUUGAAUAUAACACCACCAUAUCAUUUUUAACAGGUAAAAUAACAGAAAUAUAAAUUCCAAUAAUUAAACUAAAUGUGUUUAGAGUUGUUAUUAUUAAGUUCAAGGUAAUAAUGUUAGUUAUUAUUAUCAGCUAUACUCUAAAUAUUUUAUUUCAUCCAUAAAGAUUGUGGAACAAUAAAAGCUUGCUAUUCACAAAGGACUUAAAAUUUAGUUCCUAUCAAGAUAAGUUACAUUACUAAACAUCUAAAUGUCAUUUGAUCUGAUGUUUCCUAAAAAUGAUUUGGACUAUAUACCGCCUAUAGUUGCAGCAUCUAUUACCCAUAUUUACUUUACCAAAUAAAUUUUUUCUCACUGAAUACGACUAUUCUUCUUAUAUUUCUCCAUUGAUUAAAAUAUUUUCUCACCAAGGUUUAUUUUGUGAUAGCCCAUUAAUUCUGAUACUUUAAGAAAUCUAUGGCACCUUUUCUUUAUGAAUUAUCAAUAUUAUUUAGCAAAUUUAAUGUUUUUUCUGUUAAAGUCAGGAUCUCAUUUUUGAAAUGAAUGAAACUUCUGUUCAGUUUAGUCUUUAUCCUGAACAAUAACAUUUUCUUGCACCUGAUUCUUGUGCUGGUGAACUUCAGCUUUUAAAAAAAAAAAAAAAUGUUUUCUACAUCUUCACCCGUUAUGUAACAGACUCUAAUUUAUACAGAGUGUAGCAAAAAUUUAUGGUCAGAUAUAUAAUUUGGUUUAUCUCAUUAUAAGAAAAGUAAAUUAAAUUAAUGAAAAUGUGAGCUUAGAUAGAAGGUAGAUCUCAAAAAUUUUUCUUUUCUUUUAGUCAUGGAAAUUUUCUUCAUGUGCUAAAGGUACAUUUUCACUAGGAACAGAAAUCAAAUAUGCUUAUGCAAUAUUAUAUUUGUAUGUGUCUCGUAAUAUUCUCUGGUCUAUAUAAGCCUUCCUGUUUGUUUUCUGUUAUCUGUUCAGUUGUACUUUAAUUAGAGGGUAGUGUAUGUUUCAUAAAGAAGAGUCUUUGUAAUUUUGUUUGUCCUAUAGUAUUUUGGAAUUUGUAUAAUGAGGAUGUUUAGAAGCCCUAUCAAUGGAUUUUUUUAACAGAUAGAAUUUGUAUUUUUAUCGUACUUUAAAAAGCUUUAUGUAAUAGGUAUAUAUUUAGUGGCAAUUUAUUAUCAAUGGCAACGCAAUAGAGUACUUUGCACAUUUAAAAUGUUACUUUACUGAUUUUUAAAGGUAAUCAGUCCUGCUACGGCAUGAUUAAAUAGUAUAUAUAAUUGGUCAUUAUUAUAAACAUUGUAUUUCACCGGUGCAUUUUUAUGAAGAUCCAGUUGCAAAUUGUAUUUCUAUGUAAACUCAAUGAUAUGUUUGAUUUUCCUGAGAAUAAAUGAUUUUAAAUAAACUAAAUUGUAUAAUUUAUAUUUGUAUAUGUUAUAACUCAUUAAGUAAUCUCUAAUUCAUUUAGAAA